AUGCCCAUCCUCUUCGCGCAUUGCACCGCAUAUCCGGAUGGGGAGAGGGGUAUCCCACCUGAAGCAAUCCGUCCCCAUGUGGCGCACCUCACGUAUUUCAAUUACAAGCCCUUCCCUAGCAUCCAGCUUGAGAAGGUCGCGACUCAGAUCAGCUCUGACUUCAGCUCGACUCCGGAAUGGGGGAGUCCAGAAAUGACUUCCCUCGACUUACUGUACUGCACGCCGGUCCUCGGCGACGCGUUCCUUGGCGAGUGUCCCAGACAGCUACCAUCUGCGUAUAGUCAGAGGGGGCUACUGUCAAUAACUCCCGUUCAAAAGUACUCAUUCACUGGAGAGAAGCAAUGUCUCGACACGCCACCAAGACCUGGUCUCGAGCUUGACUAUCUUCCUUCCUUGCGCUCCGUCUCGUUUCGAUGCACUCUAAAACUUGUGCACUUGGAGCUCAUGAAGAAGUGCCUCGCGAACCCAUCUGUGCUCUCCCUCACAUUCACCCGCAGCGUACGCUGGGCAGGCCUGCACCCCGACCCCAGGGUAGAUUCCCCCUACCCUCCGAAUGUUUCUGUGACACACCUGACCUACGCGCCGUCGGUAUGGCGCGAGGCAGUCACUGAUACGGUGGAGCGCAGGAGCAUAGCUACCGAAAUAGCGCUCGAAUCUCAAUGUCUCGCCCUGAUCACUCUGGGUAUUUCAAACACGGCUGAGGUCCUCGAGCUACCCAUGGAGUCUGCGCCCAUAGCACGCAUGUCUGAGUUGCUCUGGCCGCGUCUUCGAGAGAUAUCCUUGAUUGGCCGGUACCACUAUCGAAGUCAGUCCACGACCCUAGCCCGACUACUCUCGCAGAUGCCUCGAUUACACAAACUCGUUCUCCAGGCUGCUCAACCGUAUGCGCUCAAGGUUGGCCGGGGGCCAAUCCUUGGACGCCAAUCUAUCGACCUUCCGGAGCUCCGGACCCUCAUACUCGCAUACCCUGACCCGGAAGAUGCUAUAUUCUCCAUCUCUGCUACAAAUAUCACGCAUUUGUCGCUGCGCGACUGGCCGCGAUAUUACUACCACGAGGAAAUGCCAUAUGUGCUGAGCCACUGGACGUCGCCACUGCUGACUGCGUCCGAGUGCCUGCAGAUCCUGAAGCGCAUGUCCCUCGAUUACCUUGAGAAGCUCGAGCUGGUAUACCUUGCAGACAGUGCGGACGACGCGCUCCUGCGCUACGUCGCAUCGUCAUUCCCGCGGCUCGUGCAUCUUGAGCUUCACCGAUAUCGGAAUGGCGGGCAAGUCAACUAUAAACACAUCACACAAGUCCUCACACCGCUAGCACACCUCCGCACCCUCCGUCUGAACCUCAACUUCCCCGACUCCACCGGCCCGCGUUCAGCCUGCUUGCGCGGGCCCGGCGACGGGAAGCGGCACAUGGCGUGGCUCGCCGCCGCCCGACAGCGCGGGCUCGAGAUUGCAGACAUGCUCGAACCGCAUUGCCCCGCGCUCGAGUCCGUCGCGCUUCUGUCCCACGACGCAUCGGGGAGCUACUGGUGGCGGUUCCGCACGGCGAGCUGGGGAGGCGAGAGGGUGGAGCAUGACCGGACGGACGCUGAAGAGUGCGUUUCGAUGUACAGAGCGUCUGGAACGCGAACCCAGUUGCAAGAGGACAAGUUCAAGAUUUCGGAAGGGAGCCUCGGGAUUACCACUUGA